UGUCUGACACGGAGCUUCAUUUGAGGAUGGGGUCCAGACUCUCCUGGUUUCUGUCACAUGGCUCAGACUAAAUAUCUGUGCACUUCAGGUCUGGUUCAGAUCUUCUGUUCCUGGAUUCCUGGAGAGUUUCCGAGUUUGUUGGUCAAAAACCUUGGAAACAUCAAUAAGAGCCACAAUUCAAGUUUUCAAGUCAUCUAGAUCGACUGUCUCUUCCUGUUUUGGUGUUCUCGGUGGGUUUGUCUCUCGUCAGCCUGCCCACGGAGCGGGUUUGUGGGGGUCACGGAUGCUCAGAAACGGUUAACUGUGGAUGGAUGACGACCAUAGACUGUAUAUAAAGUCUAUGAUGACGACUGGUUUUGUUGUCGGCUCUCUGACUGGUGGGGGAGAGGCGGAAGACAGGAGCCUCCCUCUAGACCUCCAGGAGGGACUGAAAGGUGACUCCUCUGGUGGGGAUGCGGAGGGAGCCUCUGGGGGUCCUCUCGGCCCCAAAUUUGGUUCCGGAGGAUAACCGCGCGCUCUCUGAGGUGAAGCGGAGCUUCAGCGUCUGAGCGGUCGUCCGCGCGCCGUCCCGCGUCUCCUCCUCGUUCCCGCCGCAGUAACAACCUCCCUGCUCACGCUGUCUAUCCGCGGCUGGGGGCUCCGGCGGCGGGGGUGUAUGCAUGAGUGCUGCAGCUUCCAGGCGGAAGAAGCGCCCGCGGUCCGCGGGGAGCAUCUUCCCCAUCAGCAAGGGGGCGCAGACGGACCUGGAGCGGCGUGAGAGCAUGGAGGCGGCUCUGGAGGACAGCAGGAUGACCGUGCAAGAGUUCAACACGCUGGUGGCGCUGUACCGGGAGCAGGUCAUCUCCGUCGGGGAAAUCUCCACGGACUGCCCGCUUCUGCGCGCGCAGAUGCACCACACGCGGACCAAAGGAUGCUCCAUAGCCCGGGCCGCGCACCAGGACCUGACCGUUAUCUCUGUCUCUGGGCCAGAGGAUGGUGAGAUCCACCCAGAAAUCUGUCGCCUCUUCAUCCAGCUGCAGUGCUGCCUGGAGAUGUUCGUAACGGAGAUGCUGAAGUCCAUGUGCCUGCUGGGGGUGCUGCAGCUGCACAGGAGAAGAACAGACUCUGAGCCAAAGAUGGAUUUUAGGGUGGAUGAAAGCUCAGACAUUCCCAUCCUAGAGGACAGAUCCUCGUCUCCCAUUGACUUCCCUCAGGAGCAGUGGCUGGUGGGAACGGACAUUGAAAACAUAGAGAGAGACAUGAGAGAGAUGAGGAACUUACUCAGCAAACUCAGGGAGACGAUGCCACUGCCACUGAAAAACCAAGAUGUCAGCAGUUUGCUAAACCUGACUCCACACCUGCUCAUCAGACAGAGGAAGAGGCGCUUCCCCGGCCUCUGCUGCCUGGUAUCCGGCUGAAAGACAGAUGAGAACUCCAAGUUACUGCCACCGGACUGGAUCCUGUUCGUAUUCCACAUCCUGAUGUUUGCUUGUUAUUGCUUGUGGCUCAUGCAGACCAGCAUCACCCAACAUGUGUUGUUUCCACAUCAAUUCAACAGGACAUGUUCAGAGGCAGCAGAUAUGCAACAGCUGCUCUGACCUCCAACACUGAGGGAAAUGCAGCAAACAGCAUGCUGGACGUUUGCAUCCCUUUAACCAUUCCUUCGUUUGUUGAAAAUCUUGAACACGUACAUCAGUCUGGUUCUCAGUAAUGGACAAAGACAUCCUCAGCUGAACAACUGGUGACCACUUUCACUGUGCCACUAUUUAUUCACAAAUGAUAUCAAAGUCAAAUUACCCACAAUUCAACUGCUUAUAGUUCUUCCUAAGGAGUUAUUGUAUCUUUAGAGCAGGGCUAACCAAUAAAAAUUUCCAUGGGUCCAGUUAUAAAAACAGCCUUCAUACAAAGGUCCACUUGUUAUAUUUUGGGUUCAUUUCAGUAAUAUUUACUUUUGCGUUCACAUUAAGACACUUUUACAACAGCAAACAAGGACAACUUCAGAAACUGAACAAACUUAAAUAUUUAUAACAAACAAAAUGUUUUUCGUCCUAAAAUCAUGCAAACAAAGUUUCGAGCGUUUACCUUCACAGUGUAAGGGCUUUAGGGUCACAGUUCAGAUUAUUUUUUGGAUCAUUAAAAAGUAAAAAAAAUAAAAAAAA